CUGAGGUUGUUUGGGUCGGAACCAUCUGAGAGCAACAUCAGACAGCGCCAGAACCCGAAUCGAACCUCGAGUUCAUCAAAACCCCGGCAGAACGGAACGUUAAAUAAAGAUCUGUUACUACCGUUUCAACACCGAACCGAACCGGCGUUCUGUUUAUCUGUGCUACCCGUAAAUCCGUCCUACCUUGUGGUCAUGCUCACAUCGAUGCUACGUCACAAUCUGCUGACUCAGCAGAUUUCUUAUAAAUCCGUCCUACCUGUAGAAGUUUCGUUUCAUGUGUUUUAUUUCAUCGCAGAUUACGGUAAGCUUUAUUUCAUUUAUUUUAUUCCCGGCUUUCAUUAAGCUGCUGAAUUACUUCAUGGUUUUACUUUACAUGACAGCAGCUUGUAAAUUUAUCUAUAAAUGGUUUUAGUUUGCCGUCUGAAAUGUCGUUCCUGUAAACAUAUCAUUAUUUGGCGGUUAAUCAGGACAAAAUAUGUUGGGGUUUUAGCUAUUUUGUUCUUAUAAUUAAAAAUAUUUUAGUUUAAUAACGCUCUUUAUUACUAAACUUUGCUGAAUCAGGAAAAUCUGACGAGGUAGCACUGAUAGUCAGAACACCGGGUCUUCAGAUCCACCUGCUAUCAGAUCGAGCUCACAUGCUACAGGAAAAGUAUUCACACCCUCCCAGUAAUAGAUGUAAGCAUCUCAUCAUCAUCCGAACCCAACAGAACUUUCCGGUGUUCUGACAAUCUGUGCUACCUCGUCAGAUUUUCCUACAGUAGCACAGAUAGAUAGCUAAGUCUAUCUGUCUGUGCUACCCGUCCAAAGCUGCUACCGUCAUGUUCACAGCCAGAAAACUAUAGCAGGUUGUUAAUGUUAAAUAUAUCGGAUAACAAUAUUUGAGUGACUGAAGUGGAAGCUUAGCAGUUAUGGUUAGCUUAGCAUCGGAACAAUUUCUAUCCAUGACGAAACCACAAGAAGAUGACUUCCUUCAUCUGAAUAUCUACCUGUUUAAAAUGAAAAGCUGUAGAUGUUUGCACUAAUCCUUUACUAGAAUAUCCUACCUGUUAAAAUAUUUUAAAUACAGAGGUUAGUAAGAAUAAAACCGUAUCAGACAGAGGAAACAGGUUUUAUUGGAAUUAAAGACAAAUACAGAUCAGUGUGACUCUUUUUUGUGCAUUAAUCUGCUGUAUGACAGACUUUAUUAAAUGCAGCCACAAUGUGUCACUGAACUGAGCAGGUCACUGAAAUGAUAGGAUAUGAUUCAUAUACACUAAUAUUACACAGCUAAAAUCCCACAUAGUAUCACUAACAUCUAUUCAGCAAAGUUUAGUAAUAAAGAGCGUUAUUAAACUAAAAUAUUUUUAAUUAUAAGAACAAAAUAGCUAAAACCCCAACAUAUUUUGUCCUGAUUAACCGCCAAAUAAUGAUAUGUUUACAGGAACGACAUUUCAGACGGCAAACUAAAACCAUUUAUAGAUAAAUUUACAAGCUGCUGUCAUGUAAAGUAAAACCAUGAAGUAAUUCAGCAGCUUAAUGAAAGCCGGGAAUAAAAUAAAUGAAAUAAAGCUUACCGUAAUCUGCGAUGAAAUAAAACACAUGAAACGAAACUUCCACAGGUAGGACGGAUUUAUAAGAAAUCUGCUGAGUCAGCAGAUUGUGACGUAGCAUCGAUGUGAGCAUGACCACAAGGUAGGACGGAUUUACAGGUAGCACAGAUAAACAGAACGCCGACCAGACCUGGACCGGACCGGGACUAGACUCUGAGCUGACUCUGAUAGAUAUGUGAUCUAGACGGAACAUCAUGGCAGAACCAGAACCAGCAGCAGCUGGUCAGAACCAGGGGCUCACCCUAGCAGAACCAGGUUUUUAAAUCAGGUCUAACAGAACCUCUCUGAGCCGGCCAGGUCCGGUUUAUAUGACCAGAACUUUGGUUCUGAUCGUCUGUCGUCCCGCAGCGUUACCUGCCCAGGUAUCUGUGCUGCUACCUGAGUGUGGCUCCGCCCCCUCUCACCUGGAGUCCAUCCUGAACAGCUUCAGCAGCUUCUACCUGAUCAAGAAGCUGCCCUUAUAUGAGCUGCUGGACAAAGACUUCCUACAGAGCGCCGUGUACCAAGGCAGCGUGUACGGUCUGUCCUUCAGAACUCGGAUCGACGAGGAUAACUGCGUCGCUCUGAUGCCAAACGGUCACCUGGUGUUCUCUCUGGAUAAGGACACCUUCGAAACGCUGGGCCUUGAGGGCCGACCUUCCAGAUCCAACAGAACCAGCAGCAGAUACGAGGUAACGGUGGACCUGAGGGAUGGCAGCAUGGCCCCUGGUGGGCGGGGCUACCUGAGGCUCCUCCGGGCUCUGACGUCACGCCUGAAGCUGCAGAUGGACUUCCUGAUCUCGCAUCAUCCAGGGGGCGGGGCCUCGCUGCAGCCCCUCCUAUCUCGCUGCGAUUGGUCAGAACGCAGACCGGAUGUCGGCCGGCGCGCCCUGAGCCGCCUGGUCCACCCCUCCCUGCGGUCGUGUGACCCCCACGACCUCCUGGAGUGGAUCGGCGCCGUGGACGCCUCCGUCAGCCGUGAGAAUUCAUCCAGUGACUUUCUGUCUACUCUCACCUGUCUGGAACCAGAGGCGACCGUCAGCCGGGCAAUGAGCGUGUCGGCCUGCGGCCUGCUGCUGCCGCAGGACCUGCAGCACCUAGUGGAGGAGCUGAGGUGUCACCUGCAGCAGGCCCAGACAAACUCCUGGGCUUCUGUGACGGUUCACGGCUUCACCGACAGUCCGGUGUCCUGGGACGACGACGAGCGCGACGUCCUGACCGGAGGUCACGACCUCUACAACCUGCUGAUGUUCCCUGAUCACACAUACCGCCUACACCUGGCCGCUGGGGCACAGAACACCUGCCCGCCCUGAUGGAUUUCCCCGCCCCCUCCAACGUAAAGCCGGGCCUCAGAGAGUGCGGGUCCCUAACGUCCCAGAUUCUGAUGGGUCGGUUCUGAUAUGUACUGGAACCAACUGGUCCAGGAUCUGAGAUUUACUGGGAGGAGAACAGUAGACUCGUGUUCCGAACCGCCGGGUUCCCUGAGGACAUCAGUGUUUCUGUCAUCUGCAGCUGUUUAAAUAAAUGGAUCCAAGUUC